AUGCUGAAGGUUGGCCAAGUGAAUGAAACGGAUACAGCGCUGGCAUAUUUUAUUACUGCUGUCAUUGCCAUUUCUCUAUACAAUUCAAUCGAGACGGUUGUUAUCGUGCUUUUCGUGUUCAAACGUUAUGGCGGAACCUACUUCUGGAGUCUCCUAGCCGCCUGUCUGGGCUUGUUCAUGAUGACCUUUGGCUAUUCUACCUACUUCUACGACAUCGUCCCCAAUCUCUUCGGCCAAAGUGCUCCAACAAUCGUGGGCUGGUGCAUCUUCAUGGUUGCACAGUCAGUUGUUCUAUGGUCACGACUCCACCUCGUCCUGCAAAAUCGCAAAAUCCUACGCGCUGUCAUAGUCAUGAUCUGCAGCACAGCUAUCUUUCUCCUGAUUCCGACGGCGGUCCUGGCAUUCGGUAACGACAUCCGCCCUCCGAGACAAGUGUUUAUACGCGGCUAUCAGAUAAUGGAGAAUAUACAGUUGACAGUAUUCACUCUCCAAGAAGCUAUCAUAUCGGCACUUUAUAUAUGGGGAACGAUUUCGAUUCUGCGAUACGCGACUGAGAAAAGUAAACGGAAUCUCAUCCUUCAACUCCUCGCUAUUAAUGUUGUCCUCAUCCUAAUGGACGUCACCAUCUUGGUUAUCCAAUACUGCGGGUACAGAACCCUGCAGAUCAAUAUAAAGUCCUUGAUUUAUAGUCUCAAGUUGAAGCUCGAGCUUGCUGUCUUGACCAGGCUGGUAGACUACGUGAAGAAAGAUCAUAGCGAGACAUCGGAUUUCGUCAAUUCUGUGCAUUCAGUUCAUGGUGCUCUAAACGUGUCACACAGCAAGAGCGCCACCGAAGAAGUUGAAGUCCCAGAGGAGGUGGUUCCCAGGAUGGUUCCAGAAUGA